UAGGGCUUUAUUAUGCUACGUUGCUUCCCGCACUCACAGUCACUACAAGCACUGCGAUCAUGAUCCAUCAAUGCAUCAUCCAGGCUGAGAACAACCAAGGGUAGAUCGGGAAGACUAUUAUGACUCCCCAUCAUCAAAUUGCAAAUCCACUUCAACGCGACUCAUCUACUUCGCGGCACAUCCAAUUUAAACCGUUAACUUGUUCUUAUUGACCGUCCUCGUGCCUACACUAAAACCGUUGUAUUAUUUGUGAUACUUCACAGAUCUCGGCGGCCCAUCCUCAUGUCUCCAGGUAAGACCUCUAUAAAGAUGAGCCACUCACUCCUCUUUCCUCAAAGUGCUCGACUACACCGCUAAGACUUGAAGUCCACUCGAGGUUCACAACUAUUACUACUUUGCUGCUUAAAUCUCGCUCAUCUUCUCGAAUCCAUCUCCUUCUGGCAACACAUUCAUGGAUCAAUUAGUGUCAUUCGAGGCUCUCCUAUUUCCUUCUGACGGCCGCAAUCCACAUAUGGUGGCUUUGAUGACAAGCCCCAUGUCGGUACCCGACCCACAUGCUCCAUAUAGCACCCUGCCUUCUCGGAUGCCACAUCCCGAAGUCUAUAUGGACUACAUCGCCGAAGGCCUCGGUCCCCGAGCCUGGCAUUAUCAUCUCGUCGAGGCUCUCGACGGUAUGAACAAAAAAUUCGUUCAUCCUUACGUUAUCUACUAUCCGACCGUCUCUCGUGACGGGAUGCCCUUCCCUAUCAAUAAGUGUAUCAGGGAGAUCCAGGGGCGAUCAUUCAGAGAGGCAACUGCGUGGCGCGGAAAUAUCAUCGUCGCCAAGUAUCGGGAGAGCCCCUUCUCAUCAAUGAUCAAUGGAUCAAUUGCUGACUUUCCAAUAUUGAGGAACUACUUUAUGACGCACGGUGCGCCUCAGUCCUAAAAAAACCGGCACUUAGCUGUAUGCGGAUGCCGACCGGAAGAUGCUUCUGUGACACGGACAAUCUACUUCAUGAUGAAAAAAACAUGCUAGAUGCAACACUAUCCUAUAUACAUGCCAUACGUGCCUAUUAUCUUUAUAAUAAUGGACAUCAAUAGCUCUACUUGUAGAUUAUAACUCCUCACGGAUUGGCACCUCCGAAUUACCCUUAGAAUGGGAUAUGGGGUUAGAAUUCCCAGUUGUUGGAUGACCUUUCUGUUCUUUCUUUGCAUCGCAAUGUUUAGGUAUCGGACUCGUGGGAUCAAUCGGGUGGUGCAAGACUCUGCCAACUUUGUAGUAUGUUUUGUGUUCGGUAAAGAACUUCUUCCAAUGUUGGACGCCCUACAUGUGUAUUGACAGAUUAGUCCUGUGUGAACACUGAAGACGUCAUCAGCACUGACCCUGAGCUCGUCAUCGGUCAGA